AUGCCGGAGGGUCUGACUCGCAAGGAACGCCGGCGCUGGGAAACGAGGCAGCAGCUGGAGCGCCAGAUGUCGCGACUGAACUCGAGUGCUGUGGCUGCAAAGGAGAUGAUCGUGGAGGCAGCUGCGCAGCACCGCGACACGGCAAGUGAUUUCGGCAAUGACAAUGCGGCUGCCGCGUCAGAGCCGAAACUGCGGCACGACCCCAAGUUCAAGAACGGCACAUUUUGGCGUGAUCGAAAGGAAAAGAGGGCGCGGACGCUUUUCCUUGGUGGCAUACCCUUCUCAUUCUCGGUGAAGCAGGUGAAGGACUUCAUUAGCACCGUGCUGGACUUUGAUCAGGGCUCCAGCGAUUACGUGGAUCAGAUUGGCAAGGACGCGGAGGUGGUGGAUGAGGUAGACAUACUACCGGUAAAGCACCAUAGUAAGGUCAAGCACAUGUAUGUGACCAUGGCAUCCGUCUCGCUCGCCGGCUGCGCCGCAGCGCUGCUGGACGGAUACAAAGUGGAGGGGAGGGUGCUACGGUGUAACUUUGCAGCGAAUAAGUCGGAGCGCGAAGAGGCAAUCCGGCGACGAACUGUCGCACAGCGAUGA